UUAUUUUAAAGGGAACCAACACGUGAAUCGCUAACACUUCCCCAAGUGGCCUCCACGGAAGCAUUCCCAGUAUCUGGCACAACCAUCAGCUUAAAACCAGUAUUUAGCGCCUCAUCAGAUCUCUCUCAUCAGAUCUACUAUCGUGAUAUUUUGUGUAUUAAACUGUUUGGACAUUCAGUGACUGACACUGUGAGUGUUUUCAGGGGCUGUAGAGGCUGGUGUUUGCUCACGUCCCCACAGUCUAGCUCCGGCACUGCUGCUAAACGGUGCCUCGGUUAACAGACUCCUGAAGGUACAAGUAUAAGCCUUCGAGCCAUCACAGCUUUCCCGCCAUAAUGAGGAAUAAGGUGUGGCCAGGAGGCUUGGUGGUGGUGCUGGCAGCAAUGUUUGGGGCAGUGUUGACGGCCGACCAGCAGUCCAGCAGUGGUGACGGAGACCUGGUGGCUGACCAACUGGAUAUUCUUACUGAGAGACUUCACGGCCAAGAAUCGCCUUCUGUCCAACUCACACUGGACAAAACAAAUGUCUUCGUCGGGGAACAGUUUACUGCCAAGAUCAAGAUUCGAGGGGCAACGCCCAAAGGAAUAGUAUGGAAACUUAACUUCAGUGAUGGGUCCAAGGAACUCAGGGGAGAGUUCGACGAUAAGCGGAGCGUUACCCGUAGCCACCGGUACUCGGCCGCGGGUGUGUACCAGGUAGAGGCUCGGGUACAGGGACUCGGCAAGCCUCACCAGUACAGGCAGACCAUCCACGUCUCCAAGCAGGAGUCGCCUGGAAAUACACCGGCUGGUCAGGGGUCGACUGAGGCAUCAUCAGCGGAUGACGACUGUCAGGAGGACAGGAGGCAGCUGAAGCAUUACUACAUUGGCCUGUUGGCGUUAGUCUCGUUGGUGGCUGUCCAGUGCAUGGCGUUUGCUUGGUUCAUACACGCCGUUACCACCAAAAUACGCAGAUUCACCUGUCAGUAGAAGUUGUGUCAUCACCUGCCUCCCCUAAAUACUAGUAAAUUACCUUUCCUCGAAUUAUGGGGAAAGGUAAUUUAUUGGGGGUGUGUAUCGAAUUGUAGGUAAUUAUUCCCUAAUCCCCCACCCAACCACUUGGGCUGGACGGUAGAGCGACGGUCUCGUUUCAUGCAGGUCGCCGUUCAAUCCCCGACCGUCCAAGUGGUUGGGCACCAU